UGUAUUAAGGUUACAAUUCUUAAGCUUGAAACAAGGAAUGCAAAAAUAAGGCCAAUUAUAGAGGAAUUUGCAAAGAAAUCAGAAUCUAAGAAAAAUCGUAAAGUUCAGAAUAAAUGUAUUCAGAUAGCUAAAGAAAUUCUAAAUGAGGAACUGUUAAUUGAGUAUCGUCCUCCUUUUUUAAAUGGAUUAGAACUUAAUGCCUUCUUUCAAAAAUAUCGAAUUGCAUUGAAAGUACAAGGGGCUCAGCAUCGGUUCCAUAGCACUAGCUGGUAUAAAGAUAUCAAAAAACUUGAGGAUGUUGUAAAUC